AUGUUCGAAUCAUGCCUGUGUGAUGGUAAAGACGUUAAUUUCGAUGUAACGGAUGGCGAGCGAUCAAACGCUCUCCUUCACCACAUUGUUUUUAGGUGGGAUGCCCAUGCAUUCUGUGAACGAUUUCUGAGUUUGAAUCGUGGGUAUAAUUCGAAACUAUUUAAGUCGUUCAGUGACUUUUUUGAAGGCAUUCCCGGAGUGUCAUCACCAGAUGAAUUGCGGGCGAAAGCCAGGAGAAUAGUUUCCCGAAAUUCGCGCAUCUUACCUUCGAGCAACAAAUCAAAACUCUCAAGUCAUCCACUAUUAUCUGGGAAACAAUGGACAACUACGAAAACCGAAGGCACGAAUGUUACCAAACCAGCAAGGACGACAGAAGGAAGCUCCAGUAUUCACUUCGUGAAUGAACUCGAUCACAACAUUGACAUCAUGAAUGAGCAAACUCUACCCUCUGGAUACUCCCUACAACAGAUUCCUGACAACGAAUCGACGAUCGAGACACCGGGUCCGGUUGUCGGAAUACCCGAGUUUUAUCCGAGGACAGCUGCAAAUAGCUCCUUCACGAAUAUGGAUCGACGACUCAAUACCGAAUGUGCUCUCAUGGAUGAAGGAACGAGCAGUGUUAUGGGUUUUCCGUCUCCUAUACAAGAAUUUCCACGACUUCAUGGCAUUCCGAUGGCUACUACGGAAGGAAGCCAGGAGAAUUUCGAGAUAAACUGUAAUGAUGGUGGAGGAGUUCCGUCGUUAUAUGUGCAACAAGAAUAUCGGUCUAAAGACGAGGUAAGCAGGAAUCGUAAACGCUUGGAAGGCCUCUCAGACGAUCCAAUAUUGACAGUUCAUGCAAAGAGUGGUGAUACAAAAUCUUCCAACUCACAUGCAAUUCAGAACAGGGCGGAGAUGUCGCCCAUGUUCAAGCUGCCGUUUCAAUUAUAG